UUUUGAUUUCGUUUAGGCCGACCAAACAUGCCGUUCUUUCGUAAGGAGGAGACCGCACCACCGCCAGCAGCCCGACAGCGGCCAACGAGUGCGCUGGCUCCGGCAUGGCAGCCGUCGGCCACUCGCUUCGAUCCGUCGAUGAUCGACUUGGACACAAAUGAUCCGUACGGCCUACAGCGUCAGAGCUCAUCUGAUCGGCCCCGCUCGACUCUGCUGGAUUCGCCGAGCACGCCUUCUCGAGCGAGACGGCCGCUGCCGAGCACUCGGGAGGAUGGCUUGCGGCAAGCGGGCGAAGACCAGUACGGCGCUGAAACGCCAACUCUGGCACGGAUAGGCACAGCGCGAGAGACCGAACGUUCCUCCUUGCUGAAUGAUGAGCCCGCGCCUGACUCGCCCACUACAGCUCGCAUACGGUCAGCGUACAGUCUGCGCUACGACUCUGUUCCUGUGCCGGUCGCGCGGUCAAGGUUAUCGGCGUAUGCACAACACGAGCCUGAGCCGCAAGCUCGUUCACACAUUGUACAUGUCAAAACAGAAGAUGAGACUCACCCAUACCCCGGCGCAUGGCAAGGCAGUGAACCUGCGCCUGCAUACGAUCCGCCGCCUAAUCUGACCCAUAUACCUCUUGUUGUUCCUGAGCUCAGGCGUGGCAAUACGACAGACUCUGCCACCUCAUCACUCACUGCUACUUCCUCCUUAUAUGACGAUGAUGGCAAAUUUGACCCAAUGUCAUCAGUCCUGUCGAAGACGACGUCUGCCGAUACGCACACUUCCCAAGGCAGACACUACGGUCCAGCUCCUGUCGGUGCGCAAGAACGACGCAACCCUCAUGGCGUCACGCCGGGUCUACAAGCCGGUCGCAGGAGGAAACGUAAGGAGAUCAAGCUCACAGAAGGCAAUCUCGUUCUGGAUCUGCGAAUCCCAACGCGUCUCGAAAGCUUCCUUCCGCGCCGAGAAGACGACGAGUUCUUGUUCACUCGGUAUUCAGCAGUCACUUGCGAUCCAGACGAUUUCGAAAGGCAAUGCUUCAAUCUCCGACCCUCAACGAUACGGAGAGAAUGCGAGAUCCUCAUCGGCGUUACAGUCUACUCGGAGAAUGAGGUGCUUUUCUGUCGCACCAUGCACGGUAUCAUGAAGAAUAUCGCUCAUCUAUGUACGCGCGACAAGUCGAAAGUCUGGGGCAAAGACGGCUGGAAGAAAAUCGUAGUCUGCAUUGUCGCAGAUGGUCGCCAGAAGAUCCAUCCUCGCGUCUUGGACUGUCUGAGCGCGCUUGGUGUCUACCAAGAUGGCAUCGCGAAGAACACUGUUGGCGAAAAAAUCGUUACGGCUCACCUUUACGAGCAUACGACUCAACUGUCUAUCGAUCCGAAUAUGAAGUUCAAAGGACUCGAGAAGGGCAUCUGCCCAACACAAGUCAUGCUUUUGCUCAAAGAGCGCAACGCGAAGAAGAUUAACAGUCAUCGCUGGCUUUUCAAUGCAGUGGCAAAACAGCUAAAUCCCAAUAUUGCGAUCCUGAUUGAUGUUGGCACAUUGCCAGGGCCAAAAUCGAUCUACCACCUCUGGAAAGCGUUUGAUCGCAACUCGAAUGUCGCUGGCGCAUGCGGCGAGAUUGUCACUAUGAAGGGCAAGUUCCGAUCAGGCCUGCUCAAUCCGCUCGUUGCGGCUCAGGAUUAUGAGUACAAGAUGUCAAACAUCCUCGACAAGCCUUUCGAGUCGGUUCUGGGCUACAUCUCCGUUCUACCAGGCGCCUUCUCGGCGUAUCGUUACGUCGCUUUACGCAACGACGGUCUCGGUCACGGCCCGCUUGCGACCUACUUCAAGGGUGAGACACUUGCAGGUAAAGACGCCGACACCUUUACGAGCAACUGCUAUCUAGCCGAAGAUCGCAUUUUGUGCUGGGAACUCGUCGCAAGUCCUGGUCAUGCCUGGGUGCUCAAGUACGUCAAGAAUGCAAAAGGCGAGACCGAUGUGCCCACAGAUGUCGCCGAAUUCAUCUCGCAAAGGCGGCGAUGGCUCAACGGUGCUUUCUUCUGCGCUGUGUUCAGUAUCCUGCACUUCACACGACUUCUCAAGACGGACCACAGCAAGAUGCGCAAAUUACUGCUCAUGUUCGAGACGCUCUACAAUGUCUUGUCGCUUGUAUUUGCCUUUAUGUCGCUAUCUCUCUAUUACCUGUUCUUCAUCAUACUGACGACUGCACUCGAAGCACCUUCACUCAACCUCAAGGGCAUUGUCUUUGUCAACAUCAUUGCGCAAAAGCUAUACCAGGCCACACUGAUCGCUUGCUUUUUGCUAGCACUCGGCAAUCGUCCACAAGGCUCGCGAAAGUCUUACACCGCCGUCAUGGUCAUUUUCGCGGUGCUCUGUCUAUAUAUGGCCGUUGGCGCGGUCUUCUGCAUUGUCAAAGCAGUAGAGGGUUCGGCAUCUCGAGCUAUCUUCUCGCAAAUGCUCCUAUCGCUCAUCUGCACGUACGGGUCAUGGUUUCUCGCCAGUCUCAUCGCUCUUGACCCGUGGCAUAUGGUGACGAGUAUGACCCAAUAUCUCCUGCUGGCUCCAUCGUACAUUUGCGUGCUCAACACCUAUGCUUUCUCCAAUCUUCAUGACUUUUCAUGGGGCACGAAAGACUCUCACACUGUCACGAUGGAUCUGGGCGCUGCCGUCCUGACAUCCUCAUCGGGCACAGUCGAGAUGACCAUGCCAGAAUCGCAGCUAGACACAGACGGAUCAUACGAUACUGCAUUACAUCACCUACGCACAAAUCCAGCAGUUAUACCAAAAGUCAGCAGUCAGUCCGAUCGCGACCGCGAAACGGAAGACUGGUAUAGAUCUGUUCGCACACGCGUACUGCUCGCUUGGGUCCUCGCCAAUGGGCUUCUCGUCUCAAUUGUGCUAGGUGGCGAUCCUGUACAGACAUUUGAAGGCGGAGGCGGCGGUGGACGGACGCGUGUCUUCAUGCUCGUCAUCCUGGUGCUCGUUGCCAUAAUGAGCAUUGUCAGGUUUGCAGGCGCGGCGGCAUAUCAGACGAUGCGAAUCUUCACAGGCUAAAGCCAUACAUCCAAUCAGGCUGCAUAUCGGCGCUUGUUACACGAUGCAUAUUAUAGACAUAAAUCAGUAGACUGAACGUCCAG